AUGCAGAAGCUUUUUAUUUCCCUGGAGGGGGAGAGAAGCUCUGCAGAGAAGCCGUGCUGCUCCAGUUCAGAGUUCGCUUUACCCGUCCGACACGUGUCUGGGGGGGACAGGGCUGGGGGGGGGGGGGCCCUCCUCUUUCACAGGAAGGUCUCGGCACUGGAGCCCUCCCUGGACCAUGAGAACAUGGCCCUGUGGGGAGGGGGGGUUGUUCAGGGGCUGUGGGAAACUCCACGUAUAGCUACCUUCCACUACGCUUCACAGGAUUCCCAGAAACUUGGGCUGUUCCCCUGGUGCGGAGCAGCCAGACUCCACCUUCAGGCUGUUGACGUGGGAAAUGGAGAGGACAGUGGCAGCUACGAACCAAGGCAGGCCCAUAAUGGAGCACACACCCAGCAUCACAGCCACAACCAGCAGAUCCAGGAAUGUGGACAAAAAGAAGGUGGUGAAGAAGAGGAUAAUGGACCAAAAGAGAACAUCUGGGAUAUAGGGCCCAUGCUCGGGCCCCACAUGGUGGUCCUCAUCUUUUUCCAGCUCACCAGCUGGAGAGGCAGUGCCAUUGGGAUGAGAAGGUGGAAGAACAGUUACUUGAUCGAGGAACUCAUCUAUCCCAGAGAGCAGAUCAGUUCGGUCUUUGGCCUUAGUUUGGUGGGUCAUCGUCCUCAGGAGGAGAUACCACCACCUCUGGGAUUCCUUGAGGACCGAAGCCAGUGCGAUGGCUUUGUGAAGGGCUCUGAGAGGGACGGCGAAAUGAUGAAGGGGUAUUUUGAGGGGUGGCUGGAGACAGAGGGGGCUGACCCUGGCUUGUGGAGAGAGAGACGUGAGGAAGACAGGCCCUCUCCUAACACAGGAGACAAUGGCAAAAAAGGACAAGAGAAGGAAGAGAUAGAAGGAGGUGGCACGGCCAUCUCUGAAGGAGAGCUCGUCCAGCUCGGUGAAGAGGUCAUGUGGGAUGUGCUCGAGUCCUCACACUUAAUGGUGGGGGAAUUCUCUGUGCUAGAGCCCCCAGGAGACAUCCUGCGCCUCUUGCACACCAUGGAGUACACACCAGAAUCAGUAGAGUCCACAGAUUUCAGAGAGUGGGAUGUCUCGAUCCAGGUCGAGCUGGUCCUCCGGGAAUGCCGGGGGACUGGGGCGAGGGGACCAGGGCAGGCCUGUGGUCAUUUUGCGUUGGUAAGAACUUCUGGUUCCCCAACCGGCAGCCAUGGAGGCAAAGGCCGAGUCGGGGUAGUAGCUGAGGGCAUGGGACGUCUGCAGGGACAGAGGCUUGAUGCCGUAGGACAGCAGGCUACUGGUGGAAUAGUCAUUCUCGUACGAGAGGUCGAGCUUGUUGGUGCCUGGCUGCUGGACCGGUGGGACAAACCAGCGCUGGGCAGAGGAGGCCGCGCUGGCGUCCUCGCUCUGCGGGGACAGGAGGCUGUUGGUCUGGGGAACGGCCCGUUCGCCGGUGUAGAACCGGUUCUGAGGCAGUGCUCACCUGCCCUGUUUGGUGAUGAUCAUCUCGGUUUGGUGUCGGUGGAACUUCAGCCACAGGGGCCGGUUGCACAGAUAGACCUGCGCCCGGGCUCCGGUGGCGGACCCCGGCAGAGACAUGGAGCCGAUGCCCGUGCCCGUCCCGGGAUAGGAGGGGUACAAACAGCCCGGGCCCUGGCUAAACUGGUACCCUCCGCUGCCGAACUGGCUCCGGCCGCUGCACACGGACGGGGAGGAGAAGCCCGUGGGCGGCAGGACGGAUCCGGAAAGAGGGAACAGGGGCUUGCCAUGUCGGAGCUCGUUUGGGAGGAUGAGAUGAAGUAUCUGUCAGAGCCGAGUUCGUCUAUGUUGUACCGCCGCCCGCUCGUAAGCUCGUCCUCACCCAGCACUGGGGAGCCCUUCCUACCAUCGGCCUUAUUAAAAGUGUCCCCCUCUGCCUCGCCCAGCAUCCCGUUUCCCACCCCGCUCAGAUAUUUCUUGGGCGCGCUGCCGGACUCUGAUUCCGUCCGCUCGACUUCUUGGUAUUCAAGCUGUGACGACGGCCUCGGGCUGUUGUUGGUGCUGUCCGACGAGGACAGAUUGUAA